GGUGUGUCACUGGGUCUCAGUUGUGUCUCUAACAGUCGUCGAGAAUAUUUGUAUUUUCAUUUUUUUCAUCGCAAUUGCAAUUUAUUACUACAACAGCAGUCUGUGCAAUCGCCACUGCUCACAUGCUACCAAACGAUAAAAAUCAUUAUCUCUCAACAAUUUCGUAAUCCAAUUACUCAAGAAAUUGAAUCGAUUGCCUCAUUUCGGUGCAGUGUGAUAAUAUCAAAAAAUGGAUUAAUUAUUGAAAUAAAUUGCAGUGAUCCUUUGUUUACAUUUUCUUUCAUUGUGGGAAUGCCUUUGUUACUUGGUGGAUGAUAUUGUUGGCGAGGUGAAUAAUUUCCUGACAGAUCAAGUGGAAUUUGUCGAGGGAUUAACCUAAAAGAGAGUAGAUUAAUUGGAAUGGAGAAUAAUUCAACUGAAAAUUUGGAUGUCUCUGGAGGUGGAGAUGAAGGAUCUGUCAAUAAAGCACCGACCAACGGUAGUCCCCAGAAAUUGAAUGAAAAUUCCUCUCUUAAUCCGUUGACCAAUCAAACGUACUUUGCAGAUGAGAAGAUACAAAUUCCGGAGAUUGAGACUGGUAGUUUCAGCUUCAAAAAAUUAUGGGCCUUCACAGGGCCGGGCUUCCUGAUGUCUAUAGCCUAUCUCGACCCUGGGAAUAUCGAAUCCGACCUCCAAUCCGGAGUUUCCGCCAAAUACAAACUACUGUGGGUUUUACUGGGUGCAACCGUUCUCGGUUUAGUGAUGCAGAGACUGAGUGCUCGUCUGGGUGUUGUAACAGGUCUUCACCUAGCUGAAAUGUGCCACAGACAGUACAAAACAGUCCCCAGGAUAUUCCUGUGGCUCAUGAUCGAAAUUGCAAUUAUUGGCAGUGACAUGCAAGAGGUCAUCGGCACUGCCAUUGCACUCAAUUUGUUAUCAGGGGGCUGGAUUCCACUCUGGGCAGGUGUUUUAAUCACUAUCAUUGACACUUUUACGUUUUUAUUCCUCGAUAAAUAUGGAUUGAGGAAACUCGAGUUGUUCUUCGGAUUUUUAAUUACUAUUAUGGCUGUAACGUUUGGUUAUGAGUACGUUGUUUCGGCUCCACCACAAUUGGAAGUCAUGAAGGGAAUGUUCACUCCAUUAUGUAACGAGUGUGACAGCGAUGCUCUACUCAAGGCUGUGGCGAUCGUAGGGGCUGUAAUAAUGCCUCAUAAUUUGUACCUCCACAGUGCACUUGUCAAGUCUAGAGAUAUCGACAGGAGACAACCCAAGAAAGUAAAGGAAGCCAACAUGUAUUUUUUUGUUGAGGCGAUAAUUGCUCUUCUCGUAUCGUUCGUCAUCAACGUAUUCGUGGUUGCUGUUUUUGCUCAUGGACUUUUCCAGAAAAAGAACAGCGAUGUUUACAAAGUGUGUGAAGCAGCUGGAGAUACCCUGGGAAUGGACACCUUUAAAAAUCUUUCCACGCCGAUAGACGCAGAUUUAUACAAAGGAGGAAUUUUCCUAGGGUGUCAGUUUGGAAUAGCUGCAAUGUAUAUAUGGGCGAUUGGCAUUUUGGCUGCUGGUCAGUCAUCCACAAUGACAGGAACGUACACUGGGCAAUUCGCCAUGGAGGGCUUUCUGAAUCUCCAGUGGGCUCGUUGGAAGAGAGUCUUCUUCACUCGGACUAUUGCAAUCGUGCCAACAUUUUUCGUCGCUUCGUACGCUAGCCUCAGCGAUCUUGGGGGCAUGAAUGAGGUCCUCAAUGCUGUCAUGACCCUUCAACUUCCCUUUGCUACUCUUCCAACUCUAGCCUUCACCAGUAGUGAACAAAUCAUGGGACAAUUCAAAAAUGGAAUAUUCAAUAAAGUUAUUGCCACGUUACUGUCAGCUGCAGUAAUUGCAAUUAAUAUAUUCUUCGUAACUCAACAAGUGAAGGAGAAACUUCCUAAUCCAAAUUGGGAAGUCAUUCUUGGAAUAGUGAUCUACGCUAUUAUUUAUCUCGGUUUCUGCCUCUACUUUGUUAUACACAUGGCUGUGGCAAUGGGAGCUGAAUGCCUCACGAGAAAUAGAUUGAUCGCUAAAUACGUCGGGGGUCCAGCAGAAAUGAGUUUUGCUCUGACCAAUCCAGCAGUCUACGCCAGCAUGGCCUUGCGACGAAUGCCAGAUAUAAAUUUAGCUGAUGAAGGGUCAACCCGGCGUUUUCAAUCCAGGAAAAUCUGAAUGGAAGCUACAACACUCUCCGACUAGAAUAAUUCUUUUUAUUAAUAAAGGAGAUUAGUAAUGAAGGGAUAAAGUCAAAUGAAACAGUUUUUAUUCAUGAAUUAUUGAGGAAUAUCCGAGGACUGACGCGAAAUUCGGAAUUUUUCGUAGGAGAAAUCUUGUGAGAAAUUUCACGAGGUAGAAGAAAUUUCCUACAAAAAUUUCACCAUUUCCCUUGGAUUCCGAAAUAUUCACCAAAAAUAAAUGUUCUCCUCCAUUACUAACCUCCCCUCGACACAAAUUAUUUUUUAAUUCAAAUAAAGCAUAAUAUGUUCUGUUA